GCUGGCGGUUUGCUGAUUCCCUGGAUUACUGGGGUUAGAUUGCUGUGAAUCACCAGGCUUUAAGACCCAGUGGAGUCCAGCAUCGGGGCUGGAGUUGCCGUGCCAUCUGGAGUGUGUUUCAGUCAGACUCACUCGGAGAGCAGUUGGAGUUCUACAGCAGGAUCUGACUGUGUGCCUGGAAUUCUAACCACUGCACAAGCACAUCUUGACUGCAGACAUGGCUGGGAGAGCCGCCUGCCUCGUCCUUCUCUGUCUACCUGUGAUGCUUCAUGGUCAAUAUGGUGAUCUGACAGACCUGUUCUCUCUACAGCCACAGUUUGAACAGUAUGACACUCAGAUAGCUCCAACUGAUUAUAUCCCAGACUUUGAUUAUACAGGCACAAAUUUUGAAACAGAACCCACAGAACCUGGUCCUCUUGAUUGCAGGGAGGAGCAGUAUCCAUGCACCAGACUCUAUUCUGUACACAAGCCCUGUAAACAGUGCCUCAAGAGCCUUUGCUUUUACAGCCUUCGUAGGGUCUAUGUGGUUAACAAGGAGGUUUGUGUCCGCACCGUCUGCGCUCACGAGGAGCUACUGAGAGCCGACCUGUGCCGAGACAAAUACUCAAAGUGUGGAGUAAUGGCCAACAGUGGGCUGUGUGGCCAGAUGGCAUCAUCGUGCGUCAAGAGCUGUGGCUCCUGUUGAGAAGGAUGAGGGAACUGAUGGAAGGGCCUCACGUGGUGCUGUGGUCCAGGAGAUAAUCUCCAUAUAUAUCAAUAAUAUACAUUAAGUAAUUUAGAGGAAUCAUUUUCAUAUUUCUGUAACUCUGAUGGUGCUGAGAGAUUUUUCAUAUAAACCUCAUGAUUAAGUCUGUUCUUGAUGCACACAUGUUCUAGAAUAUUACUGUUUGGAGGAGAUCUUUACAUGGCAGGUUAUGUAUACCUUAGGACUCAGUUCCCCCAUCCUCUUAUCUAUGUCGAUAUGGUGACUUAUGAAGCAAAACAUUUACCGUUUCUUGUAAGCUUCAUUAUGCUCAUCUGGGAAAAGGAUGGUAGGAGGAAAGUGCCUCACACUGAACUCACUGCCCUCCUUAAUCCAGUCCCUUGGAAAAAAAAUCGGUAGAUUCAUUCUUCUCUGUGCUGUUAACUCUUCCUUGCUUGCCUUUAAUGCUUUGUGUCUGUCUGGAUUGCCUGAAUUGUAGACCAAAGCCCAUCCUGCAACUCACUGCUUUUCUGAAGGCAGCUUAGUAAUUAAGGGAGUUGCUGCUGAGUUGUUUACACGAUGACAUUCUGACACAGCAUAAAAAGAUGAAUUAUGGAACCAUUAAAACACUUUUCACUUCAUAUUUCCAAGAGAGACAACCAAUUGGCAAACCAUUUUAAAUAAUGCCGAUAUUCCUUCUCCCUCCUCACCCUUGCACUAGUUUUCCCUCUGACAGGCACUUGCAUUGCGAUCUGCAGAUCACGUCUCAGAACCACCAGGCACUUCUGUUUCUGCUGUUUGUUGCAGUCCAACACGGUUACAUAAUACUUCUGGUGUCAGGGUGAAGUGUGAACAAACCCCAACACACUAACCUCACACUGCCCUGAUCCUGUGUGCCACCUCAAGUCUGAUUCUUUCCAAAUAGACAAGUCAAACACUCUGAGAUAAAAAAAAGAUGUCUGUUAAUAUAAUAAGCAGCAAAAUUUAGCAUGUGUUAAGCAUUUUCUACUUGCCACACAUUUUUAGUGCUGCUGUUCUCUCAACUCUUUGCAGGAGAGUAGCUAACCUACUUCCAGGUCUCUGUGACAUUGAAUGUGACACUUAAGCUGUGCCCCACAUGUGCUUUAUAUAAACAAACAUUGCAUCAUGGCCAGUGGUGAACAACGCGAAGCUGGGUGGGGAUGGUGAUUCCUACCUUCUCCCUCUUAUGGUGCCACAGUGCUCAUCACAUCAAAAGGAAGGAAACCAUUAACACAUGGCUUUAAGCUUUUAUGAAAUACAACUGGACAGAUUCCAAGGACACAUGUUUGGGAGUGUGGUGCAAGGGCUGAGAUACGGUUCCAACAAUUAAUAUGUGUCUUUAUAUGAGGAGACAACAAAACCUGGAAAUGGAAGGAAACCAUGUGGUCCUUCAAACCUCCCCUUUCCACAGACACCAUAUCAGUGGCCCUAACCCACCCACUUAACCUCCUUCCACAGUUCGAGUACAGUCUAUUGUCUCAGGAACUCAAACCAACCCUUUAAUGGGUUAUGUAACUAGACAAUUGAUCCAGAGACAUGAGUUCAAAUAUCACUGGACUUUAAAUCCAAGCAAUUAAACAAAUCCAAAAGUAAAAACAAAGUUUGUCUCAGUAUUGGUAAACACAAAACUAUCGGAUUGUUAUAAAAACCCACCUGAUUCACCUAUGGGGAGGAAAUCUUUCAUUCUUGCUUGAUCUGACCUAUAUUUGAUUCGUAACUGUCUCUUUGGGUCAGGGGAUUUGGAAUGUACAAUAAACGGUAGCAAUGUCCGCAACAUACUCGUACAUCCUAGGAGUAAAUAGAUAAAUAAAAUCUCCUGAAGGAAAGUUUGUAUAAAUACUCCCUUGAUCCCCAAAGUUGAGUAAGGAAAACAGUAGAAUAUUCAUCCAUCCUCAUAUCCCCACUGGUCACCCCGGUAUCUGCCUUCAGGAGGCAGCUCCACCCUCCCUACCCAGAGCCUUUAUAUUCAUCAUUUGGUAAUCUCAGUCUGUGCACAUCCCAAUUACCAAUAGCCCUGCUGGAACAGAUGACUAUCUCACUCCUUCUUGCAAAGUUGGAGCUCCAAUGGAAAAAAUAUCAAGAGCAAAGAUUAUUUUUAAACAUUGAAAAGUUUACAUUAGCACUGAGCGUAUCACAAUUUGUACACCUAGUCGACAGCAUGAUAUACACAGUGCCACAGCAUCUGAAUCCUCUCUUCACAAGCAUGCCAGGAUAAAAGUAUGUCAGAUGGAAUGUGCUGCCAGGAUUAAAAAAGGUUCACAUGGGAUGUGAAUUUGAUGCUUAUGUUUUUGGAAUUAUUUUAAUUCUCAACUGAAUUCCCACCCUGCUAACUCUGUAGCACCAAUCACGAGUCCCAGGUUUAGUACCACAAUAAGCUUCAUUCUUGUUAUAUGCUUCUGGCCAGCUCUCAAUGUUUCUGACAUAUAAUUAACCUUUCUCCAAUCUGAAAGUGCAAUUUCUAUUCAAGUUCUGUGCAAUAUUGCCAUAGGAUCACCCAACAUGUCUUUUUGAUCAAAAUUGGAGCCAUGAACACAAUAUGUUAACAGUUCUAUUAAAUCAGUUAUGCAAUUUCAAAUACGUUAAAUGCUCUCACACUAGUAUCAGUCGUUUUUUAGGAUUGCAUAAUCCUGCUCACCGGAUUAGCACAUGAACUCAUCCAAGGUACACAAAACCACUUGGUCAUACUGACACUCCAAUGAUUGCUCCAUCCCCAUGUGUUGGAGUAGUUACUGUUGCAUUACUGCUAAGUGUGCAUAAAUAUGUUUACUGUCAGCUGAAGCCUUCCUGUAAUGUUCCUCAGGAGCACAGUACUGUAAUACUCUAACCAGCUAUCUGGGUAAAGUUGCGUAUGAGCAAAUACUGGAUUUAGAGACUUUCUGAGGAGUUCAGGAUGUCUCCACUUCAUCAAACUUGACUUUAGUUGCAUCUCAUUUAUUUUGAAAUAAUGAUUUUCAGUGAUGCUUAAAUAUCCCUGAACACAAUGAGGAGACUGGGGAGUUUCACAACUGUACAGGGUUUAAAGACUGAAAUACACCAUCUCUGCUAUUGGUAUGUAAGUGCUGUGAGAAUGGCCCUCAGCUCAGGCCCGUGAUUGUGCAUUGCCACCUCUUCCUUUCCAAACUUCCAGUGAGGGUUAUGCAAGGUUCAGCACUGAUCACGUAAUGGCCACAUUCUGCACUGCAAACAAUGGUUCCUGGGAUCCAUAAUGAUUUCCCUUUAAAUUCAUUGCUUGAGGCUUAGAAUUGUUCUUCCCAUGAAAUAUUAUUCUAUCCAUGUGCAGUGAUGAGAUCAUCUGGACUUAAAAAAUACUCGGGGAUUGAAGGAUUAUCAUGCAUGAGGCCUAAAUAUCGGGGCCGUAAUUAGACCCUGAAGGACUGCCAGCUGUAGCUCCCACAACACAGUCCGAGGCCCUUUCAAUUUAGUGAGUAUUGUCUGCUUGAGGACUGAGGUACGGUUUAGGAUCUCAAAAUGCCUAGAAUACAAAAUACUAGUUAAAGGUUCAUGGUGGAGGAAGAGAGAUAGAACAGAAAUGGGUCCAACUGUUCAAUGUCCACUACUUGCUUUUGGAAAUAUAUAUAUAUAGUUACUUAAUGUGUUCCUAGCAUCUAGUGGUCAAAGAUCUACACCUUUCUAUACUAACUGUAAUGACCCAGCCAACUCAUUUUUAUGCUUAUAUAUUUUCUUUCGAGGUCCACAUAGGACAGUUCACAUUAAUUGGAUCGCUAUGUAAAAGGGGAAAAAAAAUGCAGACCAUAGCAAAUGGCCAGUGAAUUGGAUUGGUCUUUCAGCGAACCAGUAAAGGUAUGAUGGACCAAAUGGUCGUCUUCUGUGACUCACUGGUUCAAAUACCAGCAAUAUAUUGGGCAGCUAACGGACUCCAUCAAUGACUAGACAAAUAUCAAAGUGGGACUAGUGUAGUUGUUAAAUACACCAGCCAGUGUGUAGCUGACUGGGGGGCUUCCCAGUUGGUUAGCCGGCUAGGGUUGCAAUCGUGGACUUUGUAAAUUGUUCUCUUUCCCCCUCCCUAUUCCAAAAACAAAUCAGCCAAAGCUCCCAUUGCUGCCUGUUAAUGAGUUGCUCAUUUUCCCUGCUGGAAAAUGCUCUUAUAUAGGGACAUCAACUGAGGAUUGAUUGGAUGUCCCUCAUGAUGGAAAUACCUGCUUAAGCUCACUGUUCUGGCUCACAAAUGAAGGGCUGAUUGGGGCCCACUGUGCAUUGAUAUGAAUCCCAGGAGGUCAGUGCCUUAGAGAGGGGCAAAAUUUAGGGGAAAAAGCCCCAUUAAAAGGAACGCUUAAUACUCUGUACAGUUUAAAGCUGCAACGUGUGAAAAAUUAAACUUGAGACAUCUGCUUGCUCAGAACUCCUCGGUAUAAACGUUCUUGAAGUACUAUUGGGGGGAGAUGCCGCAGUAUGGGUAGCUAAGUGAGGUAUUUCCGUGUAAUCUGAUUCAUAUAACUGAUAUAUUCCAUUUUGUACAAAAAUAAAAAUCACUUAAACACCAA